CAGGGAAGGGUUAAUAUUGCCUCUCUCUCCAUGGGUUAUAAUAUACCUGGCUUAGGAUUCUGGGAAAUGUAGUCCCUUUAAUUAUCCUGCACUCUGUAUCAGCCUGUGUACAUUGUGACUGUUAGUCACUGUUAGUCUGGAGAGGCAUUAUGGGAAUUGUAGUCCUAUAGCAGUUUGAAGUCUUGCCUUUGCCCUCUCCUGAUGCUGUAAGGACCCCAGAUUAUUGAGUUUUAUUCCAUCUAUAAAGUACUUUAAUUUAUUCAGAACAUUCACUUACCUUGGGCGAGUCUCCUGAGUUAUCAAGACUGGUAACAACAUGUUGUAUCCCAAGGAAGACAAAGAGAACAGAAUCCUCCUCUAUGCCUGCCGGAAUUGUGAUUACCAGCAGGAGGCAGACAACAGCUGCAUAUACGUCAAUAAGAUUACACAUGAAGUGGAUGAACUGACUCAGAUCAUCGCUGAUGUGUCUCAGGAUCCUACACUACCACGUACAGAAGACCAUCCUUGUUCCAAGUGUGGACACAAAGAAGCCGUAUUCUUCCAGUCUCACAGCGCACGUGCUGAGGAUGCCAUGAGAUUGUAUUAUGUUUGUACAGCGCCUCACUGUGGCCAUCGCUGGACAGAAUGAGUUUUUUGCGGAGUCAUCCAAUGUGUUCUUAGAAAUUUUAUACUGUCUGUCUUUUGAAUAAAUAUUUUUUUUAUUUAAA